UCAAAAGCAUCACAACCACUUCCGGCCUUCCACAAGCAACAGUUCGAUCCGAGUCCAAUUAUGACAACCAAGUUCACCCUGAUCUUUGCCCUGGCGGCAUUGUGCUGCCUGGUGAUCUCCACCGAUGCGGCAAACUCGCGCAGCCGAGUCCUCAGCUCCCGCCGAGGAUCCGAGUUGGUUGAGAAGAACGGCGAGGAAUCCGAGGUGGCCGCCAAGCAGGAGGAGACGGAUCUCGCCGAGGAGAACGCCGCCGGUAAACAAGAGGUGGAGGGCCGCGCCGAGGAGACCGACACUGCCAACAGCAACCAGGAGGGCAAUGAGACCGCCACCAACGACAAGGACACCAUUGUGAAGACCAACAAGGACGAUGCCCGUGCCCGCCGCAUCAUUCGUGCCGGUCGCCGUGGUGGACGCCGCCGUGGUCGCCGUUCUGGACGUCGUGGUGGUCGCCGUGGUCGUCGUGGUGGACGCCGAGGUGGACGCAGGCGUCGCGGUGGACGUCGUGGUCGUCGUGGUGCUCGUCGCCGCACAUCUGUCAAGAGGCGUUCCGGCAAGGGCAAGGCCUAAGAACUGACAUGAACUACCCACAAUCCCAACACUGCCUGAUCUUCCGAUUCGAUAACCAUUAAUAAAUAAAACCCUUUACAAAAACAAA